UGAUGAUCUACAGAGACAUCUGAAGCACAGUGCAUUUACGUCUUCAAUUUGAAAGACGCAUUAAGGGCAGAUUCACUGUACUGUAUAUGUAUUAUGUAUGGCUUAAAGUCACGGGAGUGUUUUUAGUAGCAUAAAGAAAUUGUGCACCAUUUACAGCGAUUAGUGGUGGAUUAUGUAAAAGUAAAUGCACAUUAGAAGCACCUCUCUUGUCCGUGGCAUUGUCUGUUGGGGCUCUGGUGUAGCUAGAUAAUGGAUAUCCAGGCAGGAAUGGGUUUGGAGUUGGGGGAUGACAUCUAUGUUACUUAAGUUAUAUAACGCUAAAUUGCCAUUUCUGAGAUUGCAUUUCAACCAAUGCGUUCUGCAUCUUUUUGCUUCCCACAUGAACAGUUUUCCUGCAGUCAGCCAAACCCUACUAUAGUUAAAAUAUGAUAGGUCAGUACUUCUUGGACUAUAUAAAUGGAUUACACAUGGAAAACAGAAUGCUUCCAACAUCAAAAUAUGGUCCUCUAGCCUACAGCAUAAAGCAUAAAUGCCUACUGCAUUUAUAAUCAGAAUCUGUUAUAGGGUUAAGUAUCUCCACAAUUGUUAGAUGAAUUGUCAUGAUAUAUACAGACAUUUGCAAUCCCCAGUUGUUGAUUUUGGUGAUCCUCUGACUUCCUGCAGUGAGGUUUAUAUUUCCAGUUUUGAGUGAAAACUCAACAACUACUGAAUAGAUGGCCAUGAAAUUUGGUACACAUGGUCUUUGUCAAGAUGGGAUGCAUUGUAAUGACUUCUGAGCCUGCAACCUUCCUUAUGGCGCCAUCAUCAGGUCAAAAUUUAAAAUUUUUGUCUAGUUAAUGACCAAAUACCUGCAAAACUGAUGACAUUCCCAUUAGCCUCAGCAGUUAUGAUAAUGCUAAUUAGCAAAUGUAUGCAUAUUUAGCAUUGUCUUUAACAUGUUAGCAUGUUGGUUAUAGCUCAGGGCAGCUAGCGUGGCUGUAGAUUCUUGUUAAAAGAUCGUGCUGCCAAUAUAUGUUGGUGUGUUGAAGCAUGUGAACCACCUGAGCUCGCCGCAACUUAAUUUUGCAACACACUUAGGAAGUUCUUAGACAGCAAAAGACUGCAUUGCUAUACAUUGUUAAAACAAACAAAAAAACAGAAGAAGAAGACAAAAAAUGAUAGCUGUAUUGAUAAAUUAGGUGGACAGAGAAGUCAGAGAGAAAGAAAAAUAUUAAAAAAGAAGUGUGAAAGCAGGAUGUUGACCACAGUGCAUCUACAUAUUUAAUGUGCCCCCUGGCUGUCAGUUUAGCCCCGGUAUGAGCACUCAGUAGUUAGGGAGGAGAAAAGGAAAGGAGAGAAGGAAAAGAGUGAAGGGCGUGAUAGAGAUGCUGAAGGAUAACAGUCAUAUUUUUCCACAGAAGACAUUUUGACAUGUCACAUUAGGAGAAGCACAGCGGCAAAUAACAAAACUAAUGAUGGCUGCUUGAGUUUCAGGGUCCUGUGCAAACCUGCUCGCUGUCACACUGUCAUGGCGCACUGGGACACUUGAAUAGAACCGAGCCAUCAUUAAGUUAUUAAUAACACCUGUGCUUUUACUAUGACAAGUCUCACCUGUAACACCUCACCUGCUGUGAGGGUCCGUGUGUUACAAAGUUAAUCAAAGUAUAGCGAAGGUGUGCACACACUCGCACGCACGGGUAUCCUCGAAAGAUUCAGCCAACCAGUGAUGACUGGAGCUGUAGAGUUUAUCAUGUGUCACUGUUUAAGGUCACACACAGAAUAAGAUCCCAAAAAAAACACACAAGACAAAUACCAGCUGACAGGGUCACCCCUAAACAGCAGGCCAGCCCUGACAUUUUUGUGUGUGUGUGUGUGUGUGUGUGUGUGUGACUGGAGAUACUUCUUAACUCACUUGAACAGUCUGCUGCCAUCUGCACUGUCCUCGUCUGCUGACCUUUUGUGUUCUUUGUUUUCUAAGUUUGCAAAACUACUGGAGAUCAAAAAGACUUUUCUAGAGCUUUUCACUUUUUAUUUGUCUUUUGUGGGGUAGGAAGUAAUUUCUGCUGCCUCUGCAAUAAGCUAGGAAUUUAAUUAAAACCCAAAAUGAAAUUUCAACCCUGUGUCCUUGAGCCUCUGGGAGCUUCUGUAGCUGUAAGGCAAGCUAUCAUUCUGUAUUGCACCGGACACUCUGCACAUCAAGAUGCCCUUUUUUUUCACCUGUUCUACCAUCAGCCUCCACCCUCACCUUAACAUCUGUUUUCUGUCCUCCUCCUCAGACCCUGCUCCCAACUUCACGGCCCUAGCCGAUCGGCCCUCCAGUCCAGCAGGACCAUGAUGCUCAGCAGCUCUGUGGAGGUGCCAAGCCCGGGCGGGAUGAGUGGCCUUAGUGGGCUCAGUGCGGCGGCUCGGAACGUGGUGCGCUCCUCCAGCAUCUCGGGGGCCAUGUACAGCCUGGAGAAGAGUCCCAGCAGUGGGGGUCCGGACUCCACGUCGCUGGCUGGCAACAAGAAGCGGCGCUCCAGUCUGGGCGCCAAGAUGGUGGCCAUUGUGGGGUUGUCUCAGUGGAGCAAGAGCACACAGCAGCUCAACCAGCAAGACGGCGGGACGAAGAAGCUUCGCAGCACCAUCCGACGGAGCACGGAGACCGGCAUCGCGGUGGAGAUGAGGAACAGAGUGACACGACAGGGCAGCAAGGACUCCACCGACGGCAGCACCAACUCUAACAGCUCUGAUGGAACGUUUGUCUUCCCUACCACACGCCUGGGGCCCGAGAGCCAGUUCAGUGACUUCCUGGAUGGACUGGGCCCCGCUCAGAUCGUAGGCCGGCAAACACUAGCUACACCCCCCAUGGGGGAUGUCCAUGUAGGCAUGGUGGACAGAGGAGGACAGCUGGAGGUGGAGGUCAAUCAGGCCAGAGGGUUGACCCCCAAGCCGGGCUCCAAGAACAUACCAGCGACCUACGUGAAGGUGUAUGUGCUGGAGAACGGCAUGUGCUUGGCCAAGAAGAAAACCAAAGUAGUGAAGAGGAAUCUGGACCCCACCUACCAGCAGGCUCUGUUGUUUGAUGAGAGUCCUCAGGGCAAAGUCCUACAGGUAAUAGUGUGGGGGGAUUACGGGCGUAUGGACCACAAGUGCUUCAUGGGAAUGGCCCAGAUCCUCCUCGAGGACUUGGACCUGUCUGCCACAGUCAGCGGCUGGUACAAGCUGUUCCCUACCUCCUCUCUGGCAGAUCCCAGCAUCGGACCCCUCACCAGACGCCUCUCCCAGUCCUCCCUGGAGAGCGCCACCAGCCCCUCGUGCACCUAGACACCCAGUAGACACCCUACAUGCACGGGCACAGACAGGAGUCAUGCAGACACGGACACACGUACUGUAUAUACACAACGACUGUAUUCGAAGUGCAAGACAGGUAGGCAUACACACACACGUACCCAUCUGUGCAGGAAGACACAUUUGACACUAAUAUCUCAUCCGUAUCCUCCGCUACGUCCGUAUCGUCACACCACACGUUAUUCAGUAUUUUAGUUGAGAAAACCAUCAGCAAAUCCAACUUGAAGUAGACUUAAUUUACCAGAACAUGUAGCAUUUUUCACCGUCCCAUUUCGACAUUUCCUACCAUGACACGGCAAAUCUGCGUUACACGGUACCAGAUUUUCCAUGGCACGACUCAUCCCAGGGCCAUCCCAAUGCCAGUUUCUAAACUCUCUAUGCCAAACUAAGAAAAAAAACUUUAUUUUUUAAAACCAAAGCAAUUGUUAUCGUUGUUAUUAUUACUAUAAGUCGUAGGUGAACUAGUAUACAAUAUAAAGUAUGGAUAUGUAGCAGAGUCAAUGACUUAGAUGUAAUGCAAAAAAAGAAGAUACAUUCUACACACAUGAGAACGGCAGGCCAAACACAACAGGGCAACAGGCUUGGAUAAUCACAUAAUGGCUAUUAUGUGAGGUAGCAACACUGCUAUUCUAUAAUUUUCACAGGGCAGAGUUUAUAUAUAGAUAUACAUAUAUAUAUAAAUAGAUAGUUGAAUACUUAUUUGUGUUUAUGUAUGUAUCGGCUGCAUUCUGCAUGUUUGCUUGCAACCCUCGUAGAGACAUUUUGAAGUGCUUCGAUCUUUUGAUUUAGCUUGCCUCGACCAAUGUAACAGGAGUCCUGAGAAAAGAGCACUGCAUUGAGUUAGGGAGAAUUAUGGGGCGCUAGCAUCGCCAUCUGCAGAAGAAGAGAACAAAUUAGUCAGCCAGGUACCCAUUUGCUGAUACACAACUAUUGUGAUCCUCCUGCCUUCAUGUUUAGAGUAAAAGGACUGUCACAGCACACAGGGCGCUCAGCACAAAGGCGUUCUGGGAUAUGUGUCCAGCUCUCGUCUGAGGCUUCUUGUGUUCCACAUCCAGGGGGUGCCACAGUCACACUCUCUCUCUCUCUCUCUCUAUACCAGCACCCAGACUUGUUUGAACUCCCUGCUGAUUUCCCUGUUUUGAUGUCAUCUUUUUUCCCUCCCUAAUUGAUAAAGGUGGUAGGAAGGUGGCGAGUGUGCCUCUGUCUCUCAAACACAACCACGACCUUUAACCCUUCCACCUUUCCCCUCUGUCACACUGACUGUAACUAAACCUGUUGUAAAUGUGUAAACACCACAUUUGUUUUUCUUACGCCAGUGUUACUUUUCUAGCAGGUGGAUUGUUAACCUGCCAUGUGUGGUAGUGACUCUUCAUAGGGACAGGCAGCCUGUUUGUGUUUAAGAUGGCACUUUACUGUAAUAUAUAUAUUAUGUUUGAAUUACACACAUGCAGUGGUUGAUCAUUUGUUUAUUUAUUUUACAUUUUAUUUGGUCACACUGCAGUGUGUGUCUCUGAUUCUUCCAUUGAAUGCAAACAUGGAAAUGUAACCCAAAUGUUUUUUGAAUUUCAGUGUAAAGGCCCACUAGGACAGCUGAAACAGGUCAGUUGUGCCGCUGAUUUACAAUUUAAAUCAGCAUUCGUAAUAGUAAUUUAUUUGCAAUCUUAUACAACAUUGGCAGAUUCCAAUAGCCAGAAGAAUAAACAUUUUUUCUCAAAAAAUAUAAAAGUUUGCUGUUGCAUUUGUCAAUUUUAUGUAUUUAAAGAAUCUGUGUGUAGGAUUUAGUGGAAUCAAGAGAUGAGGUUACAGAUUAAAACCAACUGAAUGCCGCUCCGCUCGCCCCUCCCUUUCUAAACACGUCUGAAAACCUACACUGGCCUUCAGGAAAUGUAAAAAUUUGAAAUAUCCUCUCAAGAGGUUUGUCCAUUCUGGGCUACAGUAGAAACUGUGACUAGGGCUGCAACUAAUGCUAAUUUUCAUUAAUGAAUUAUCCUGUUAUUUUCUUGAUUUAUCAUUGGGUCUAUAAAAUGUC